ACACACCUAAGCUACCUACCUACCUCCUGCCCACCUUACUCCUGCCAUGCAAACACUCCCGCGCCUUUGACGACGAACAUUGACUGCAAUACAACUUGUGCCUUGCCCCAUAGCCAUAUCGCUGACCUGAAUUCUUUCCGCCCAUCUUUCCCUGCACAGCACUGCCUAUUCCCCCCACAGGCCGGCGUGGCUCCACGCCAGCGAGGGAACCAACCAAGUAGCCAAGAUGGCUGGCAUUGACCAGGACAACUUCUCCAACAUCUCAUGGCACAGCGAGCAGAAUGCCGGCCUAGGACCUUCGAGUGCCGCCGUGAAUGAUGCUACAAGUCCGGAAUUCUCCACCAGUCGACAAGACGCCGGGCUAGACCGAGACGAAAAUACCCACCAUCAUCCCCACGGCCUCGAGCUUGGCCACGGCGAGGAGCUCCUCGAGUGUAUUGUAUCUGAGCCGCACAAGGAGAACGAUGGCACCAAAGACGCAUAUGUAUCUUAUCUGAUCACUACCAACUCCACCUUCCCAUCCUUCCAAAAGCCCACCACCACCGUCCGCCGCCGCUUCACCGACUUUGUCUUCCUGUACAAGACGCUCUCCCGGGACUACCAGGCCGCCGCCGUGCCGCCGCUCCCCGACAAGCAGCGCAUGGAGUACGUGCGGGGGGACCGGUUCGGGGCGGACUUCACGAUGCGGCGCGCGCACUCGCUGCAGCGGUUCCUGGCGCGCCUGGCGCUACACCCGGACCUCCGGCGCGCGCCCAUCCUGCACACCUUCCUCGAGUCGCACGACUGGAACGCCACGAUGCGGGCUCGGUCGGCCCGCGGGCUGGGGGUCGGGGGCCCCGGCGAUGCGAUUGGCGGCGGCGGCGGCGGUUCCGGGGGUGGUGGAGGUGCCGGUGGCGGCGUCUUCGACACGUUCGCCGACAGCUUCAUCAACGCCUUCACCAAGGUCCACCGGCCGGACCGGCGGUUCAUCGAGGUUAAGGAGCGGUCGGACAAGCUGGACGAGGACCUGUCCAACGUGGAGAAGGUCAUGGUGCGCGUGGCGCGGCGGGAGACGGACCUCGAGGCAGACAUGCGCGACCUGGCAGAGCAGUUCCAGCGGCUGAUCGUGCUGGAGCCCGGGGUGGAGGCGGCGACGCACGCGUUCGCGGCCAGCGUCGAGGACACGGCGGCGGGGCUGAAGCGGCUCAAGGACCACACGGACGGCGACUACAUCGGCAGCCUGCGCGACAUGGCGGCGUACAGCGGGGCGCUCAAGACGCUCCUCAAGGCGCGCGAGCAGAAGCAGCUCGACUUUGAGCAGCUGACCGAGUACCUGAACAAGAGCACGGCGGACCGCGACGUCCUGGCCUCGGGCCACGGGCACGGCUACUACGGCGGCGGCUCGGGCCCGCUCGGCGGCGCCGGCGGCUUCAUCCGCUCAAAGAUCGAGGACGUGCGCGGCGUCGACCACGAGCGCAGCCGCCGCGACCGCCAGCGCAAGCUGGAGCUGCGCGUCGACGAGCUCACCCGCGAGGUCGAGGCCGCGCGCGCAGAGGCCGAGGUCUUCGACGACAUGGUCGUCCGCGAGGUCGCCACGUUCGAGCGCGUCAAGCGCCUCGAGUUCCGCCGCCAGCUGGCCGGCCUCGCGGGCGCGCAUGUCGCCUUCUACGACGGCGUCGCUGAUGUGUGGGAGCGGUACGUGCAGGAGAUGGAGAGGGAGGGCGUCGUGCUGCCUGCUUGAGGG